UAGCAGCAAUGCAAAACUUGCUCUUUGGAUUUUGAGCUUAUUCUCUUCUAGCAGUUUCUUGCCACCAUGUCGGAAACCGCUCCUGCCGAAACAGCCACCCCAGCGCCUGUGGAGAAGUCCCCCGCUAAGAAGAAGGCAACUAAGAAGGCGGCCGGCGCUGGCGCGGCUAAGCGCAAAGCGACUGGGCCCCCAGUCUCAGAGCUGAUCACCAAGGCUGUGGCUGCUUCUAAGGAGCGCAAUGGCCUUUCUUUGGCAGCCCUUAAGAAGGCCUUAGCGGCCGGUGGCUACGACGUGGAGAAGAAUAACAGCCGCAUCAAGCUGGGCCUCAAGAGCUUGGUGAGCAAGGGCACCCUGGUGCAGACCAAGGGCACUGGUGCUUCUGGCUCCUUUAAACUCAACAAGAAGGCGGCCUCCGGGGAAGCUAAGCCCAAAGCCAAGAAGGCAGGCGCCGCUAAAGCUAAGAAGCCCGCGGGGGCCACGCCUAAGAAGCCCAAGAAGGCUGCAGGGGCGAAAAAGGCAGUGAAGAAGACUCCGAAGAAGGCGAAGAAACCCGCGGCGGCUGGCGUCAAAAAAGUGGCGAAGAGCCCUAAGAAGGCCAAGGCCGCGGCCAAACCGAAAAAGGCAACCAAGAGUCCUGCCAAGCCCAAGGCAGUUAAGCCGAAAGCGGCAAAGCCCAAAGCCGCUAAGCCCAAAGCAGCAAAACCUAAAGCUGCAAAGGCCAAGAAGGCGGCUGCCAAAAAGAAGUAGGAAGCUGGCGUGUGAAAACCGCAACAAAGCCCCAAAGGCUCUUUUCAGAGCCACCCAGAGA